AGAUCUAGAGAGUAGCAAAUGACAUAGAGAGAGGUGUGUCUAAAUGUUGAUGUGGAGGUUGAGACUGCUGAAUUAGGGCUGUACUGAGCUGAAUUGGUGUUGAGAACAGCUGAAUUUCUACUGUGUGGUGAUGAAAUGAACAAAAAAUGAACCCUGACCAGAGGGACACAUCUGUAUCAGCUCAACACCUAAUAAAAUAAUCUGGAGUGGAUUUUACAUCUACAGCCACUGACAUUCCAGACAGCUUUGUAACCCUAGUGAGGUAACAGGGAGCCGCGAAGCUGCUGUCCACGUGGACUGGUGCUGAAAUUUCUCGUCUGGGUACCAGGCACUGCCAUUCCAAACCGCGAGACAUGGCAACAAAUGGAACUAAGGUUGCAGAUGGACAAAUUUCCACUGAGGUCAGUGAAGCGCCUAUCACAAAUGACAAGCCCAAGACCUUGGUCGUUAAAGUUCAGAAGAAAAGAACAGAAGAUCCAGAGAGAGAUACUUGGAAUGGAAGAUUUGACUUCCUUAUGUCCUGUGUUGGAUAUGCUAUUGGUUUAGGAAAUGUCUGGAGAUUCCCAUAUCUCUGUGGAAAGAAUGGGGGAGGGGCUUUCCUUAUCCCAUAUUUCCUAACCUUGAUUUUUGCUGGGAUGCCACUGUUCCUCUUGGAGUGUUCAUUGGGACAAUAUACAUCCAUUGGAGGCCUUGGAGUUUGGAAACUUGCUCCAAUGUUUAAGGGUGUUGGACUGGCUGCUGCUGUUUUGUCCUUCUGGUUAAAUAUUUACUAUAUUGUUAUAAUAUCCUGGGCUAUAUAUUAUUUAUAUAACUCAUUCACAACUGAUUUGCCUUGGAAACACUGUGACAAUUCAUGGAACACAGAGCGUUGUUUCUCUAAUUAUUCUAUGGCCAACACAACAAACAUGACCAGUGCUGUGGUUGAGUUUUGGGAACGUAACAUGCACCAGAUGACAGAUGGUCUGGAGAAGCCAGGUCAAAUCAGAUGGCCGCUAGCCAUUACCCUGGCUAUUGCUUGGGUGCUGGUUUAUUUCUGUAUCUGGAAAGGAGUUGGCUGGACAGGAAAGGUAGUCUAUUUCUCGGCCACUUACCCUUACAUCAUGUUGGUCAUUUUAUUUUUCCGUGGAGUGACCCUGCCCGGAGCAGUGGAUGGAAUUUUAUUUUAUAUCACUCCAGAUUUCAGCAAGCUGUCUGACUCAGAGGUGUGGCUGGAUGCUGCUACCCAAAUCUUCUUCUCUUAUGGCUUGGGACUUGGAUCAUUAAUUGCUCUUGGAAGUUACAACCCCUUCCACAAUAAUGUUUACAGAGACUCAGUCAUUGUUUGUUGUAUAAAUUCCGCUACAAGUAUGUUUGCCGGCUUUGUCAUAUUUUCUAUUGUUGGAUUCAUGGCACAUGUGACUAAAAGGCCGAUUGCACAAGUUGCAGCUUCAGGACCAGGAUUAGCAUUCUUAGCGUAUCCGGAAGCAGUGACACAACUACCUAUCUCUCCCCUUUGGGCUAUUCUCUUCUUCUCCAUGCUCCUGAUGCUUGGGAUCGACAGCCAGUUCUGUACAGUUGAAGGGUUUAUUACAGCUCUUGUGGAUGAGUUUCCAAAACUCUUACGUACUCGAAGAGAAAUCUUUAUUGCGAUUGUCUGUGUAAUUUCCUACCUGGUGGGUUUAUCCAACAUAACUCAGGGUGGCAUUUAUGUAUUCAAGCUUUUUGAUUAUUAUUCGGCCAGUGGAAUGAGUCUACUGUUUCUGGUGUUCUUUGAGUGCAUCUCGAUAUCCUGGUGUUACGGAGUUAACAGGUUCUAUGACAACAUUGAAGAAAUGGUUGGGUACAGGCCAUGCCUCUGGUGGAAACUCUGCUGGACUUUCUUUACGCCCGUCGUUGUAGCGGGGGUGUUUCUCUUCAGUGCCGUUCAAAUGACUCCACUUACCAUGGGAAACUAUGUUUUCCCAUCUUGGGGACAAGGAGUUGGUUGGUUCAUGGCCUUGUCUUCGAUGGUGCUGAUCCCUGGCUACAUGAUUUACAUGUUCAUCUCCCUUAAAGGUUCUUUAAAACAGCGCCUGCAAGUCAUGAUCCAGCCAAGUGAAGAUGUUGCUCACUCGGAAAAUGGACCCGAACAGUUGUCAAAGAGUAACUCUGCAAACAAAGAAGCCUAUAUAUAAGAUACUGCACUAAGGGAAUGCAGUUGUGAUAAUUUUUUUUAAAUACAAAAUGGUUGUCGUAACCACAUAUUUACAUCUGGAAUAAAGAAUUUACCUACCUCCAGUGGCAAAAAAGGGGACCAUCACCAGUAGAGCACAAGGAAAUCAACUAGGUUAUUUUCUUACUGUUUUGUGGAAUAACAUGAAUGGUUUGUGUGUUCAGGCAAUUUAGACUGUUAAUGUUUUUAUCUUUCCUGCGAGAGUUGAAUUUGUAAAUGAAAACACCAUUUUUAAUCCUAUAUUUGGCUAUAAAGAUACAGUAUAAGGUUUUGUGUGACAAAUUUUUAAUUCUGUACGGAAAUAUUUCAUAAGGGCAGCUCCCAAGACUUUGAAUAAAUCCAUAAAAAACUAAUCUUUUUUUUUCUUUUUACUCAGCAUUUUUACACAGAGAAUUUAGAGUAAAUAAAAUGUUAAAAAUAAAUUUUGCAAUCAUUUUAAGAAACUGAAAAUUUUACAUUUUAAUCUCAAAAUUACUAUUAAUGAGGUUUUUUUUCUUAAUGCGAAUACUGAAGCACAACUUAUUUAAAAAAAAAAAAUUCAAGGGACCAAAUUAAACUUGUAUCUUUUAUAGCAAAAAUAGACACCAGCCUUGUUUUUCCUUCAAUGAAUUUAGUUUCACAAUUGUACAAUCUACUGCACACUGUGCCAAAUAUUCAAUUAUAUCAUGUUAAGCCCAUUUAAAUAACGAGACACUUGACCGUUUUUUUUCUGAGAUAAGUGCAUCUAAAUAAACACUAGUCUCUUUUUAGUAGUUUAUAUCCAAGAGCAGCUCAUUGUUAUGUGUAAAAUGAUGGGAUGAUGAAAAUGUCAAAAUUAUUAGGGAUAAAAGACACAGACAUACCCUUAUGCCACAUAACUCCCCUGGUUGGAUUUACAUCAUCGUGUAAAUGGUCAAAGGUUUCUGAAUUUUCAUCAUGUAAGUAAAAAAGAGAAAGAGAUGUGUUGGCAUUUUAUGUUUGGAAAAUACAGGCACAUAUUAAAUGCCUAAAUAGGUGAUAGAUGACUUGUAAAAGAGCAACACUAACUUGCGUGUUAGCGAAGUGUUGUGCUUUUUAAAAUGUUAUAUAACACAUACUUUAAGUAGAGCUAUUAUGUGAUAAUAUGUUUCUCGUAAAUGUUAGUUUGGUUUGUCAUUUUUGUCCAAAGAGUGAAAAACAUUUAAUAUAUAUAUAUAUAUAUAUAUAAAUUACAUAUUUAUACACACACACACAUAUAUAUAUAUAUACAAAUAAAUAUAUAAUUGCAAUAAAUUAAUAUUAUCAGAAUGUCAAGCACAUUUAUUGUAGAAAAUAUAUACAAAUAUUUUAUCUGAAUUUGUACAACAGUAUUGUUUCGUAGCUCCUGAAUUGUCUCAUAUGUAACAUACUCUGGAUUAUAAUGUAUGUCUGUAGCUGAACCAGGCAAAAUGUCUCGUUGUAACUUUAUUUUGUAUACAAUAUGUCACCUGACAUUCUUUGUGAAUUUCAUUCAGUAUCAGAGCCGAUAACAUAAUGGCGGCUGAUUGCUGUUUAUUAUAUGUACUCCAGUCCAAUGUUGUUCAGAAAAAUAACUGCAGUAUUUAAAUGUUUGAUUGUAUACAGCAAUUACAUAAAAUAAAAUUGACAGAUACGCUUUGUAGCAAUCUUGUAUACAAAAUAUGUUAUCUACUUUAGCAAAAUAGUGACGUAGGAACUACUGUGUUUAAAUUGUGAAUAACUGUAUCUUUUUUGUAGUAUUUUCCCUGAGAAAAAAUAUAUCAUCAAAUAAGCUUACCUGCAAUAAGAUAUUAUUGUCAAGACUCAAAUAAAGUCAUCUCUAUAUAUAAAAUAUAUAUGUAAUGUAACAUAUACAUAGUCAAUCUAUAUACAGAGCUUGUUAAUGAAAGAAUACAAUAAUAUCCUUUAUAUUUAGUAUCUUGCAACCUGUUAUAUGGACCAAAUGUAAUAUAAGAUAAAUUUUAAAUGUCUUUUAAUGGUGUCUAUCUGUAGCCAAAGCACGGUUGUCAUGUACGUUUAAAAAAUUAGAAUCCCAAAUAAAGGAUAUAUUACAAGA